AUCUCUCUGUUUCUUCGAAUUAUAAAAUUACGCGGUCACUCUCUUUUCUCCCCCUUUUCUCCUCUCUCUCUCUGGUGAUCUCUCUGAGAGAAAGAGAAUACAAACACUUGCACAUACUCUCUCUCUCUCUCUCUCUCCCCAAAUUGAUGCAGCAGCAAUGUCUCCAUUAAAUUCACUGGAUUUGUUUCUCUUUUCUGCUAGCAAAGCUUGUGCUUCAUCUCUUGGCCUUUUUGUACAGAUCCAGGGAUAUGUGAUUUGCUCACUCCUCGCUAUAGGAUGGGCAUGUGCUGCUUAUGUCAGGAAUAGAGAGAUAAGAACUAUGAAGAAUCGUAUGAAAGAUGGCAAUAGCUUGGCUUUUCUUUAUCAUGAUAUCAAUGAAUUUGAGCAUUCAAAGCAGGUCAACUUGCCCAGAGUGACAGUUGUUAUGCCAUUAAAAGGGUUUGGUGAGCAUAAUCUGCACAACUGGAGAACUCAGAUUACAUCCUUAUAUGGUGGUCCCCUGGAAUUCCUUUUUAUGGUCGAUAGCACAGAAGACCCAGCUUAUCAUGCUGUAUCUCAUUUACUAUCUGACUUUAAGGAUGAUGUUGAUGCAAAGGUUAUUGUUGCUGGCCCAUCAACAACUUGCAGUCAAAAAAUUCACAAUCAGUUGGUUGGGGUAGAGAGAAUGCACAAGGACAGCAAGUAUGUGCUGUUUCUGGAUGAUGAUGUUAAGCUGCAUCCAGGCUCCAUUGGAGCCCUAACUGCAGAGAUGGAAAAGAAUCCUGAGAUAUUUAUCCAAACAGGAUACCCUCUUGAUUUACCAUCUGGAAGUUUGGGAAGUUACUGUAUCUAUGAAUAUCACAUGCCCUGUUCAAUGGGAUUUGCUACUGGUGGUAGGACAUUCUUUUUGUGGGGAGGAUGCAUGAUGAUGCAUUCAGAUGAUUUUAGAACAGAUCGACAUGGUGUGGUUUCAGGACUCCGUGAUGGCGGUUAUUCUGAUGAUAUGACUCUUGCUGCUAUAGCGGGGGCACAUAAGAGGCUCAUUACAUCCCCGCCAGUUGCUGUUUUCCCCCAUCCUCUUGCUACUGAUCUUAAUUUUUCAAGGUAUUGGAAUUACUUGAGGAAGCAAACCUUUGUUUUGGAGUCAUACACAACACAUGCGAAUUGGAUAAUGAACCGUGCAUUAUUUUCUGUUCACUUCUACCUAUCUUGGGGAUUUGUGGCACCGUAUAUUAUGACACUGAUUCAUAUUGCAGCAGCACUAAGAUACUAUUUUGCGGAUUAUUUGCUGGAAGAAACAGACUUCACUUCUGCUGGGUUGUUAUUGGUUGGGCUCCAAGCAUUAUGUACAGUCAUAGAACUUCUUUCAAUGUGGAACUUGACAAGAAUAGAAGUUCAGCUAUGCAACAUGUUAUCUCCAGAGGCGCCUUCACUCUCGCUUGCUUCUUAUAAUUGGGCCCUUGUGUUCGUUGCAAUGCUGGUGGACAAUUUCUUAUAUCCCUUUUCUGCAAUGCGUUCUCAUUUUUCUCAGUCAAUCAAUUGGUCUGGUAUUCGGUACCACUUGAAGAAUGGGAAAAUACACAAGAUUGAAAGAAGCAAGGACAAGGGUCCUAAAUUUACAGAUUUGGGAGGAAAACAUUUAUAUGGAAGGAGAGGAGCUCCGGCAAAAAUCUCAAUUCUUGGUUUAUUGUCUAAAACUCUGACUCACUGGCGGGAUCCUAAGAAAUUGGAUGUAUAGAAUUGCAUUACACACAAGUGAACAUGUGAUUAUUUCUGUUGUGCAUUUUGAUAGUCAGCAUUCAGCAAGGACUUGCAAAUAUUAUUUGUUCUCAUGAUCUGGUGGCAGUGCAGGCCUUCAACACAGAUUUAGUUCCGAUUAUUUUGACCCUUGUUAAGGUAGCUGAUUAGUCUCAUAGAUUAAUUUGCCAGGGUCGUAGAUUCAUAUUAUCAUUUAAUUGAUUGUUUGUUUUUUUCUUUCUUCACCCCUCCCUUGCGAGGCUGCUCUUGUAAUGAUUGAUCUGUAAAUUUUUGAAUACUUAUACAGUUGAACAAAGAAUAUCGAUACAUUUAAAAUGGAAUGAAAGUAGACUUUGUGA